AUGAAUGGCUGUGAGGAGGCCGUGGAGUUCCUGCCAGUCAACAAUGCCAAAAAGGUGGAGAAGCGGGGCCCUAGACGCUGGGUGGUGCUGGCCAUUGUAAUCACAGUCAUUCUCCUGCUUUCUCUUCUGGCUGGUGUCCUGGUGUGGCAUCUACGGGGUGGGAAUGUGUGGGUGCAGAAGGUCUUCAAUGGCCACCUGAGGAUCAAAAAUGAGAACUUUAUAGAUGCUUAUGAGAACUCCACCACCGCAGAGUUUGCACAACUAGCCAACCAGGUGAAGGAAGCGCUGAAGCUGUUAUACAACAAAAUUCCAGCCCUGGGCCCCUACCACAAAGAGUCGGCAGUGACUGCCUUCAGCGAGGGCAGCGUCAUUGCCUACUACUGGUCGGAGUUCAGCAUCCCACAGGCCCUGGUGGAGGAGGCUGAGCGCGCCAUGGCCAAGGAGCACACAGUCACACUGCCUCCACGCCAGAGAUCACACCACUCCUUCAUGCUGACCUCUGUGGUAGCUUUCCCCACUGACCCUAGAACAGUGCAGACCACUCGGGACAGCAGCUGCAGCUUCGCGCUGCAUGCACAGGGCACCAAAACGACCCGCUUCACCACGCCUGGCUUCCCCGACAGCCCAUACCCGGCACACGCACAUUGUAGCUGGGUGCUGCGUGGAGAUGCCGACUCAGUGCUCAGUCUCACCUUCCGCAGCUUCCACCUGGCACCAUGCGAUGAGCGGGGUAGUGACCUGGUGACAGUCUACGACAGCCUGAGCCCUGUGGAGCCCCAAGCUGUGGUGCAGCUAUGCGGCACUUACCCUCCCUCCUACAACCUGACCUUCCUCUCCUCCCAGAACGUCUUCCUCGUCACACUGAUCACCAGCACUGAGCGGCGACAUCCAGGCUUUGAGGCUGCCUUCUUCCAACUGCCCAAGUUGAGCAGUUGUGGUGGUUACUUACGUCAAGCCCAAGGGACAUUUAGCAGUCCCUAUUACCCAGGUCACUUCCCACCCAAUAUUGACUGCGUGUGGAACAUUGAGGUGCCCAACAACCGGUAUGUGAAGGUGCGCUUCAAAGUUUUCUACUUGGUGGAGCCCAACAUGCCACCGGCCAGCUGCACCAAGGACUAUGUGGAGGUCAAUGGAGAGAAGCAUUGUGGAGAGAAGCCCCAGUUUGUGGUCACCAGUAAUAGCAGCAAGAUGACCGUCCGCUUCCACUCGGACCAUUCAUACACCGACACCGGCUUCCUGGCCGAGUACCUCUCCUAUGACUCCAGGGACCCAUGCCCAGGAAUGUUCACCUGCAACACGGGACGGUGCAUCCGGAAGGCUCUGCGCUGUGAUGGCUGGGCCGACUGCGCAGACUACAGUGACGAGCUCAACUGUGUAUGCAAUGUCACGCACCAAUUCACAUGCAAGAACAAGCUGUGCAAGCCCCUCUUCUGGCUGUGUGAUGGCCUGAACGACUGUGGGGAUGGCAGUGAUGAGCAGGGCUGCAAGUGUCCAGCCCAGACCUUCAAAUGUGGCAAUGGAAAGUGCCUCCCACUGAGCCAGCAGUGUGAUGGGAAGGACAACUGUGGAGAUGGGUCAGAUGAAGCCACAUGUGACAAAGUGAGCAUUGUUACCUGCACCUCACGCACCUAUCGCUGCCACAACGGUCUCUGCUUGAACAAGGGUAACCCAGAGUGUGAUGGGAUAAAGGACUGCAGCGAUGGCUCAGACGAAAAGGACUGUGACUGUGGGCAGCGGUCAUUCAGCAGGCAGUCACGCGUCGUUGGGGGACAGGAUGCGGAUGAAGGCGAGUGGCCCUGGCAGGUGAGCCUGCAUGCCCUGGGCCAGGGCCACGUCUGCGGGGCCUCACUUAUCUCCCCCACCUGGCUGGUCUCUGCAGCACACUGCCACGUUGACGACAAAGGCUUCAAGUACUCAGACCCCACCAUGUGGACCGCUUACCUGGGCCUGCAUGACCAGAGGAAGCGCAGUGAGCCAGGGGUGCAGGAGCACAAGCUGAAGCGCAUCAUCCGCCACCCUGACUUCAAUGACUUCACCUAUGACUAUGACCUGGCGGUGCUGGAAUUAGAAAAGCCAGCUGAGUACAGCAACGUGGUGCGGCCCAUCUGCCUGCCAGAUGCUACACAUGUCUUCCCGGCGGGCAAGGCCAUCUGGGUCACGGGCUGGGGACACACAGAGGAGGGAGGUACUGCGGCCCUGAUCCUGCAGAAGGGCGAGAUCCGUGUCAUCAAUCAGACCACCUGUGAGAGCCUGCUGCCCCAGCAGCUGACCUCCCGCAUGAUGUGCGUGGGCUUCCUCAGUGGAGGCGUGGACUCCUGCCAGGGUGAUUCUGGCGGCCCACUGUCCAGUGUGGAAGCUGAUGGACGGAUCUUCCAGGCCGGAGUGGUGAGCUGGGGUGAAGGCUGUGCGAGGAGGGAGAAGCCUGGUGUGUACACAAAGCUCUCUGAAUUUCGGGACUGGAUCAAAGAGCAGACUGGGGUGUAG